AUGAGGAUAGUUACAGCAGAGAAUGGAGUUGGUGUGGAGGAGGGGGAGUCAGGGAAAGGUACACUGAGCAAUGAGGUCAGCAUCUUUUGUACACACACUGCCAGGCAGUAUUCAACCUCACAUGUCCUGACUUCUAAUGCUGGGCUGUGGGUGUUCAUUUUGCAGGAACCCUUGGAAAAGGCCCAGCUGCUUGCUCUGGUUGGGGACCAGUUCAUCCAAAACCACCAUUAUGCAGUGGAUACCAUCAGGCCCAGGUGUGUGGAGCUCAGGCACCUUUGUGACGACUUCAUCAAUGAAAACAAGAAAAGAUAUGACAUUUUAGGAAAGUCCUUGGAGCUGCAUAGACAGCUAGACAAGGUCAGCCAGUGGUGUGAAGCGGGGAUCUUCCUCUUGGCUUCCCAAGCUGUAGACAAGUGCCAGUCUCGAGAGGGGGUUGAUGUUGCCUUGAAUGACAUUGAGACAUUCCUGAGCACAGCCAAGGAGUGCCGGUUGCUCAGCCCCAAGGAGUUUUACAACCAGUUUGAGCUGAUACUCACCCCCGAUGUGAAGGCCAAAGCCCAGCGAGUCCUGCAGAAGCUGGCCGACGUGCAGGAAGUCUUUCACAAGAGGCAAGUGAGUCUGAUGAAACUGGCAGCCAAGCAGACUCGCCCCGUGCAGCCUGUGGCCCCCCAUCCCGAGUCCUCCCCGAAAUGGGUGUCACCAAAAACCAGCCAGCCCUCCGCACUGGCUCCUCCCCAGAGAACAUCUGAGGAACUUCAUACAGAGGCAAAUUUGAAUUCACUGGAUAAGGAUGCUGAUCGGACUAAAUUGGGAGUCAAGAAUGAAGAAAUACUUGAAUGUCACCACGCUGGGGAGGACCCUGGGCGGGCACAGCUGGACACUGGACAGGGCCUUCCUCCCAGCAGACGCAUUGUACGUGACUUGCUUGAGACAGAAGAGAUUUACAUAAAAGAAAUUAAGAGCAUAAUUGAUGGAUAUAUCACUCCAAUGGACUUUAUUUGGCUGAAGCAUCUGAUUCCAGACGUUCUUCAGAAUAACAAGGACUUUCUCUUUGGGAAUAUUAGAGAACUUUAUGAAUUUCACAACAGGACUUUCCUGAAAGAGUUGGAAAAAUGCACUGAAAACCCUGACCUUCUGGCACAUUGCUUUAUCAAUAGAAAAGAAGAUCUUCAAAUAUAUUUUAAAUACCAUAAGAAUCUGCCCCGAGCUAGAGCAAUAUGGCAAGAAUGUCAAGACUGUGCCUACUUUGGGGUAUGCCAGCGCCAGCUGGGUCACAAUCUGCCUCUUUUUAAGUAUCUUCGAGGACCAAGCCAAAGACUGAUGAAAUACCAGAUGCUGCUGAAGGGUCUGCUGGAUCUUGCGUCUCCUGAAGAUUUGGAGAUAGACCCAGGUGACCUAGAAGGAGGUGUGGAGAAGGAUGGGCCCCAAAGGACGAAGGAUUCUGCGCUCUCAGCUGAACUGCAGCAAGCUUUGGCAGUGGUCGAGGAUUUGAUCAAGUCCUGUGAGCUGGCUGAGGGCCUGGCAGCAGUCACUGGAUGUCCGGAUGACAUUGGAAAACUGGGCAAGCUGUUGAUGCAGGGCCCGUUCAACGUCUGGACGAUUCACAAGGAUCGCUACAAAAUGAAGGAUUUUAUUCGAUUUAAGCCCAGCCAGAGGCAAAUCUAUCUAUUUGAAAGGGGAAUCGUGUUCUGCAAGAUCCGAAUGGAGCCCAGUGACCAGGGGUUCUCUCCUCAUUACAGCUUUAAGAAGUCUAUGAAGUUGGUGACACUUUCAAUUCGCCAAGUUGGAAGAGGGAGCAAUAAAAAGUUUGAAAUUGCCAACCGAAGUGGGCUGGAGAAAUACAUCCUGCAGGCCACUUCAAAAGAAAUCAGAGAUUGCUGGUUUUCAGAAAUAAGUAAAUUACUGCUGGAACAAGAAAACAAUAUUAAAGGCCAUGGGAAUCUACAGUUUGAAGCAAAUACUAGAGGCAGUGGAGUUGAAUGUGUACCCUGGGUGGAAACCAUGCGGAGAGCCUCUGCUAGCAAGGAAGAGCCGGUGUCCCGCAUGCCCGGGAUGAAAGGCUGCUGCAGCGGGGAGUCCAUCGCCAUGGAAAGCGGGGACGGUGGAGAAGGUGCCCAAGUCCUGGCAAAGGACAACAGCGCUCUGAGUAUCUCGGGGCUCUUCCAGCUGGACGACGGUUAUGAAACCUGCACCUGCCCGGCAGUUCUCCCGGAGAGCCCCCGAGGGGAGAGGGAAGAACGCGACGGGGCGGACAGGGCCGCGAGCAGCACCGAGGAGCGCGCUGCCCCGUGCCCGGGCGUGCGGGCUGCUCCUGCGGGGGAGACGACUGGUUUCCCCGCCAAGGCCGAGCAGGCGAGGGCAGGACGCCGGAGGCCCUCCUCCCUUGACCACUGACCCUCGCCGCCCACUGGCCUGGCGAGCGCCUUUUGUGUCCAGGGGCCGCGGGCGGAGGUGCCCCGGGCGGCGCCCGGGCUUAAGCAGAACGCGGCCUCGCGGGUCCUUGCGGCUGCGGGCCUGGCGACCGGCAGGGGGCGCCCGAGGGCCGCGCUGGGGUCUCCCGGGCCGGGAACCCGGAGCUUCGAGAAGGCGGCUGAAGACUGCAAGGCUGGAGCCCGCUGAACCUGAGCCCCCGAGGACGCAGCGCCCGGCCCCGGGGGCUCCGCGCUUCUUACAGACAGCGCUGUUGUGCUCAUCGCAGGUGCUCAGCAGCACCCCUGGCCUCUCCACUAGGGGCCAGCACGCGCCACCUCCGCUCCUCCAGCAUCGUAAAUGCCUUCGGACAGGGCCCAGGGUGCCCGGGCGUCCGCUAGGAAUGGGCUGAGAAUCGCUUCGCCCGACCCGAGCCGCGGAGCAGGCACGCCCGCGCUCACGUGGCAUUGGUGGCGGUCCCAGGACUGGCGGGUUUCAGGGACGGCUGGUCGCAGGUUGCUUCGGAGGGGGUUUGCCAUUUGCAUCUAGAUUUCUUAGUCUUUGAAUUCAUUAAGUUAUUUUAUUUCCAUCUUUCUAGUUAAUUUUUUGAUAGCUUCAGUCACCUGUUGAUGCUUAUUUUACUUUCAAGAUCAUUCGGUUUUCGAGUUAUUUAUUUUCAGUUAUAGCUAUUUUCAGAGUUACAGGUUUUCAAACUGGCUUAGAAGUAUUUAUUUUCAAUUAUUCUUAUGAUUAUUAACAUCUGUGUUGUUUCUUAGCCUUCGGUUCCUGGCGUCGUUGAGUUCUAAUUUUUACAGUUAUUAUUAAAAAACACUGGAAGUUUUUGAACGACUUGAGUUAUUUACUUUCAGGGUGAAAUGGUUUUAUUUAGGCUUUUUCCUAGUUAUUUAGUUUUGCAGUUGCUUAUGUUCAUAGGAUUUUUUCCCAGUUAUUUUCUGAGUUUACUUUUAUACUAUGGCUCUUAAUUAAUUUUCAGCUGUUUCCUUUUUGAAUAUUAUAUUUUUAGACGUUUUAUCCUUGGUGCUGUUGAUAUCUUUAGUGUUUAUUUUCAGUUGCUUAUUCUCCUUUUUUUUUUUUUGUUCUGUCUUAUUUUUACAUAUUUCGUUCUCAGAAGUACUUGGAAUUAGAAUUAUUUCACCUGCCAGUCAGGAUUGAAGCAGGAGAGACAGUGCACCUGUUGUUUUAACAGAGAACUUGACAUAAAGAAGCGCAGCUGCUGCGGAACAAGAGUGUGGCCGGGCACAGGUGGGGUGAUGACAGCUCCUAGGCUCGGUGGGGGUGACCCCUUGGCUGGGCUCAGUCCUCUGAGGAGCUGGCACUAAGGGUGCAAUUGGGGACGUGGGUGCCGGGAGCUGGGUGUGGGGCUCCGAGGAAGGGACAUGGCCAGGCCAGCAGGGCUGGCGUCCCUGAGGGGCCAGGUGAGGGUGUCUGUGGGAGGGCUGGAGACAUGGCCACCUGGAACUCACUGGGAGGGCUGGGGACAUGGCCACCUGGAACUCGGUGCUGCUGCGGGACCAGCUGUGGCUCUCAGGGUGCGCACCAGGCCUGGAUGGACCCACAGAAGGCCCUGGCAGCCUGGCAGAGGACAGAGGCGUGCCCUGGAAGCCGAGAACACGCCACUUAGCACCCAGCGCGCUGAACUCAUGUUCCAGCAUGAGCGGUGGCUUCCGCUUCUCCUGCAGUUGUCGGGGGUGAGCUGAUGGCCCGUGUUCGUGGCCAGGCGUCUGGCUGAGACCUCUGUCCCUGCUUUGCUGUUGGAAUGGCGUGGGCCAGCUAGCGCCUCCCAUCGGACUCAAAACAGUCAUUUCAGAGUUCCAGGAAAAUAAUGUGUUUCCCUUUGUUCCUAAAGAAGGCCUGUGAUCAGGGGAAUCAGCAAGGGGGAAGAUGCGGGGCCAGCGUGGCCAGCAGGUGCCUCUUUGAGAUCUCUUUGGAAUUUAAGUUGUGUCGUGCCCCCCUCCCCUCACAAUGAAAGACCUGUCUGGUGGACUCUGUUUGGGAUGUGUAGACUCUGCACAAUAAAGUUAUUCCCCAAAUCUA